UAGUACGUAUAAAUAUUGGGAGGGGGAUACAAACACCAGAAGGCAGGCAGAAGCAAACACAGCUCCACAUAUCCAGCUGCAAUCGCCUCUUCAAGACCGCUAGCUAGUACCGACAAGAAGCAACAAGGAGUGGAAGGUUGAGCUCCAUCAAUUGUUGCAAGGAUGGGCAUUCUUGGCGAUUGGCAGCGGGGUCCGGUGAUCGGCCGCGGAGCGUCGGCGACGGUGUCGAUCGCCACGGACCGCGUCACUGGCGACGUGUUGGCGGUGAAGUCGGUGGGGAUGGCGCUGGCGGGCGUCCUGCUGCGAGAGCAGAGCGUGCUGUCCGCCCUGAGCUCACCGUACGUGGUGUCGUGCGUGGGGUCCGGUGUGUCGGCGGCAUCGGAUGGUAGCGGCUACGAAUUGUUCCUGGAGCUGGCGCCAGGCGGGUCCCUGGCGGACGAGAUCAGGCGGUGCGGCGGGCGGUGCGAGGAGCCCCUGAUCCGGUCGCGCGUGGGCGAUGUCCUGCGCGGCCUGGCCCACGUCCACGGCUCCGGGAUCGCGCACUGCGACGUCAAGGCGCGGAACGUGCUUGUGGGCGCGGACGGGCGCGCGAAGCUCGCGGACUUCGGGUGCGCGCGGCGGACUGUGGAGGCCGAGGACCUCGGCAACAGUAAUGCGGCGGCGAUCAGCGGCACGCCGAUGUUCCUGUCGCCCGAGGCAGCGCGCGGCGAGGCGCAGGGCACGGCCGCGGACAUCUGGGCGGUCGGGUGCACGGUCAUCGAGAUGGCCACCGGCGGUGCGCCGUGGCCGGGGCUCAGCAGCCCCGCCGCGGCGCUCCACCACGUCGCCCGCUCCGAGGACGUCCCCGAGGCCCCCGCGUGGCUCUCCGGCGAGGGGAAGGACUUCCUCGCCAGGUGCCUGGUCAGAGACCCCGCCCAGAGGUGGACCGCGGAUCAGCUGCUUCAGCACCCGUUCGUCGCAUCCACGGAAACCAAUCCCACCUCCAACUCCAAAGCUGCGCCGAUCGAGCGGUGGGUUUCGCCCAAGAGCGUCCUCGACCAGGGCUUCUGGUUCUGGGAGGAGGACUCGUCGUCGACGACGGUGCCCGCCGACCGUGUCCGCGCACUGGCGUCCACCGAGUCGCCCGACUGGACCUGGAGCGGCGAGGAAUGGAUCGCCGUCUGCGGCACGACCACGACGGAGAAAAUGGACGCGGAAACGACGGAGGCCGCGGGCGGCAGCAAUGCCGACGAUGAGCACGUCCCCUCCUCAUCCCGUUCCGACGGCGCCGAGCCUGGUUGCGUCGGCGGCUCCUCCUCAAACGUGACGCACGGCGGCAGUAGGUCGGGUGACGACGGCAGUAGCUGGAGCUGUACAUCCUCGUGCGUGUGUUGUAACGGCGUGGUUGAGUUGGCGAUCCGGAGCAAUGGAUGGCAUUGGCCGUGUCCGAGCUGGCAGUUACUUUCCCGCGUGCUGUUUUCGUUGUCCGGGCCGCCGCGGGGACCUUUUCGUCACGCGCCGGGCGUGACCGGAGCCGUAAUUAGGAGGAGGUGCGUGCCGGUGGUUACAGCGUACUACUCCACCAAGAGCCGACAAUUAACCUCAGCACACUUUGGCAUUGCUGGUCAACCAAACAGAUUACUGGUCCGAUUGCAUUGCGCCGGUUUGUUUUUUCUUGUAAUAAAACAAACUCGGUCAAUCUAUUUCUAAUAAUCAUCACAAUUGAUCUAAAAGUUACAAAAAUUGUAAAUAAAUCAUUGAACCACCUAGUAAGACUACAAUCGCUAGACUCUAGCGCAAGGCGCACUGUCUUCCUCAUCAUGAGGGAGAUAGGCAAAACUUGGCAAAGUAGAGCCAAAGUAGAAUUCACUGUCUCCCUAGCUCCUUUUUCCUUUGAGAGUCGCUGGCGAGGAUCCGGGCCGAACCAGAGCUAUCUGGCGACAUGGCCGGACGAAGUUGGCAAAGGGGAGGUGCCAGUGUACAUAGUAGUUGUAGUCUAGGUUUCGUUUUGGCCUCUAUGGCUUUGUUUGGCGCUAUGCCGCGUUCUUAGGUGCUCUGGCUGCCGACGAGCUGCAGCUUGGAGAUGCUCUGUCUCUCUCUGCUCCAGGUAUUCUCAUGGUGGGAGAUGGAAAUAGAGACGGAAGUGGCACGAAGAUCUUGUCCAAUCCAAUAAAGCUCGUAUGCGGGGAUUCGAUUCGUGCUUUCUCCUCCUCCUUAUGGUCGUGGUGAUGAACAUGAGGAUAAGGAGGACCCUGGGUUUUGUCGAUUCGAAGCUCUGCGAGGUAUCUGUGUGUAGGUGGUGCUCUGCACGCCCAAAGAGUUCCCAAGCGGCGGCUGCAGUGUGUCGUUGUUAUCCAAGGCAGAUGGAGCCACUCCGAGCUCGGGUCGCGCGGCUU